ACUACUUCGUAAGGGUGUAAAUCUCUCUCUUUCUUCUCAGCUUGAGUUCCCGUUCUCUCCCGAUUCACGCGUGCUUCCGGCACCUCGUUCCGGUCACUCUCUCCCGUGAUCCCCGCCUGUGACGUGACUGCGAUCACCCAACCUCUCUCUGGCGGGAGAAAUUUCCUCGCAGUUAUCCUCUUUGCAAUAGCAACUGCAACUGCAACUGCAAAUUCAUGGCGGCACAUGAUGGGGCUUCCUCCUCCUCCUCCUCCUCCUCCUCUGGAUCAUCUGCUUACGAUGUGUUUCUCAAUUUCAGGGGUGAAGAAACUCGCAAUAACUUCACUGGUUUCCUUCACAGAGCUCUGGCAAGAGAAGGAAUCGUUGUGUUUAUAGAUAGUGAAGGCCUGUGGGGUGGAGAAGAGAUCCAAUCGGCCCUUUUUGAUGCAAUCCAAAAAUCCAAAAUUUUGAUUGCUGUCUUCUCCAAAGGCUAUGCGGAUAGCAAAUGGUGCCUCCGGGAAUUGGUGAAGAUGGUUGAAUGUCAUAGAUCGAACUAUCAAAAAAUUCUACCCAUAUUCUUCGAUGUUGAGCCAACUGAUGUUCGCAAUCAGACCGGAAGUUUUGAAGUAUCGUUCCAGAAGCACAAGAAGAAAUUUAAUGCCGAAAUAGAGGAUUGGAAGGCAGCCUUGACUGUGGUAGGAGGAAAAAAGGGAUACGAAAUCAAGCAAGUAAAUGGGAAUCAAUCUGAGCUAGUCAAAUUAGUUGUUGAUUGGGUUUUGAGUCAAUUGAGUAGCAACCACUUGGGUGAUGUUAAAAACCCUAUUGGAUUAGAAGCUCGUGUAGACAAUGUAUUAUCUCUAUUGAAUGUUGGCUCCAGUGAUGUUCGGUUUGUGGGAAUCUGUGGUAUAGGUGGCAUUGGGAAGACAUCUAUUGCAAUGACUCUGUACAAUCACAUUUUUAAAAGGUUUGAAAUGAGUAGCUUCCUUGCAAAUGUUAGAGAAGAAGCAUUAGAACCAAAUGGCUUAGUUUCUCUACAAGAGAAACUUAUUUAUAGUGUCUCCAAAAGGAAAGUUGAAAUAUGUAAUGUUUAUAGGGGACACCAAUUGAUAAAAGAAAGACUACAAGGGAAAAAAGUUCUUCUUAUCCUUGACGAUGUGGAUUCUUAUUCCCAACUUAAAGAUUUGGCUAUUGAAUUUAAAUUGUUUGGUCCAGGAAGUAGGAUCAUCAUUACAAGUAGAGAUGAACAUGUUCUAAAUGUGGCUAAAGUUGAUGAAAUAUACUGGCCUAAAGAAUUGGAUCAAGAGCAAUCUCUUCAACUCUUUAGUUUGUAUGCAUUUUCAAGGGAACAACCUCUUGAAGAUUACGAACAACUUUGCCAAGGUGUGCUACACUUGGCGGGGGGAUUGCCAUUAACACUUGAAGUGUUGGGUUCUUAUUUCUUUGACAUAAGAGGUAAAGAAGUAUGGCAAAGCAGGUUGCGAAAACUAGAAAGAAUUCCUGAUAAGAAGGUCUUGAAAAUAUUAAAAAUAAGUUAUGAUGAUCUAGAAGAUGAAGAGAAAUCUAUAUUUCUUGAUGCUACAUGAUUUUUCGUUGGAUGGAGGAAAGAAACUGUAAUUUCUUUGUGGGAAGCUUGUGGCUUUGACCCAAUAGCAGCAAUAAAAAAACUUACUCAAAGGUCCCUCAUAAAAUUUACCAAUAGAGAAUCCAUGAGCGGUUCCUAUGAUGAGCUAAGGAUGCAUGAUCAAAUUCAAGCCAUGGGAAGGGGCAUUGUUUACGAAGAAAGCCCUAUGGAGCCUGGUAAGCGCAGUAGAUUAUGGUCUUAUGAUGAAAUACUAGAAGUAUUAGAAGAUCGCAAGGGAACUCAAAUGAUUGAAGGCAUCCUCCCACACUUAUUAUGUCGAUUUUCAAGUUUGUGGCUACAUAGGGAAGAUUUUGCAAUGAUGCCCAAGCUAAGAUUCCUUUACAUUGAUGGAGCAAACUCCGAAGUAGAAAUUCUACAUCUUCCUUCUAAUUUAAGAUGGUUCAGUUGGAGGAGUUGCCCUCUGAAAAUUCUACCAACUGAUUUUUAUCACAAAAAACUAGUUCAUAUGGACCUAUCAAGGAGCCACAUCAUACAAGCUUGGACAAACAAGCCUCAAAAUGGAAGCCAGCGGUUCCAAAAGUUGAAAGUUUUGCGUCUCCAAUAUUGUUAUCAUCUAUCUGAAUCACCUGACUUUUCAUGGUUUCCUAACCUAGAGAUAUUGGAUCUUGGAGGUUGUGAAAACAUGGUUAAUUUACACAAAUCUAUUGGUGAUCUAAAAGCUCUGGUUGAGCUUUCUUUGAUUCGAACAAAAAUUAAAGAACUCCCAGACAAUAUUUGCAGGCUAAGUUCUCUUAAAGAUCUAAUUCUUAGUUCGUGCACAUCACUUAAAAGCUUGCCUGUGUCAAUUGGUGAUCUAAAAUCUCUAGAUACACUUUCCUUGGAUGGGACAGAAAUUGAAAAACUCCCAAGCAGUACUUGCAGUUUGAGUUCUCUCCAAAGGCUUGAUCUCGAUAGAUGUAAGUCACUAAACAAGUUGCCUGAGUUCAUUGGUGAUCUAAACUCUUUGGUUAAGCUUUCCAUGUGUGGAACAAAAAUUGAAGAACUCCCACAUAGUACUUGCAAGCUGAGCUCUCUCAAAAGGCUUGUUCUCGAUGGUUGUAGGUCAUUGAACAAGUUGCCUGAGUCAAUUUGUUAUCUAAACUCUUUGGUUGAGCUUUCUAUGUAUGGGACAAAAAUCGAAAAACUUGGUGAAAUUUCGGUGAGUACUUGUCGGCUGAGUUUUCUACAAAGGCUUGAUCUCGGUGAAUGUAAGUUACUAAACAAGUUGCCUGAGUCCAUUGGUGAUCUAAACUCUUUGGUUGAGCUUUCUUUGUGUGGGACAAAAAUUGAAGAACUCCCAAGCAGUAUUUGUAGGCUUGGUUCUCUCCAAAGGCUUGAUCUCAAUAGGUGUGAAUCACUAAACAAGUUGCCCGAGUCCAUUGGUGAGCUAAACUCUUUGGUUGAGCUUUCUAUACGUGGGACCAAAAUUGAAGAACUCCCAAGCAGUGCUUGUAGGCUGAGCUCUCUCCAAAGGCUUGAUCUCGGUGGGUGUGAAUCACUGAACAAGUUGCCUAAGUCCAUUGGUGAUCUAAACUCUUUGGUUGAGCUUUCCAUGCGUGGGACAAAAAUUGAGGAACUCCCAAGUAGUUGUUGUAGGCUGAGCUCUCUCCAAAGGCUUGAUCUCGAUAGGUGUGAGUUGCUAAACAAGUUGCCUGAGUCCAUUGGUGAUUUAAAAUCUCUGGUUGAGCUUUCCUUGUAUAAUACACAAAUAAAAGAAUUGCCUAAUGGCGUUGGGUUGUUAGAGAAGCUUGAGGUAUUAAGUGCUAUGGAUUGCAAAUACCUUGUCAAGCUACCAAUGCAUAUGGGGAGAAUGAGGUGUUUACGUUCCAUUAACCUGAUAGGAACUAGUAUUUUAUUUUCACCGGAUGAUUCUCUAAUGCUCCCAAGUUUGGUGGAGUUAAAAAUAGGGAGCACGCUUGUAUCUUCUCUUCCAACCUGGAUUAGUGGUCUUUUGCAGCUUCAAAAGCUACUAUUACAAGGAUGCACAAAACUUGAAUCGCUCCCAGAGCUUCCCUCGAAUUUAUCCUUCUUAAAAGUUGUGGAUUGCAUUUCAUUACAAAAGCUUCCAGAUUUGUCAAGCCUUAAAAAAUUGAGGACAUUAAGUCUUCGUAAUUGCAAAAAGUUGGAGGAGAUUCGAGGCCUUGAGGGAACAGAAUCCUUGGAACAGUUCUACAUUUGUGACUGCAACUCCAUUACGGAUACUUCAAGGAAGAUACAUGGGCAGGGAACACUUUUAGUGGAUGGGUUAUCAAGAAGUGAUUCCUUGAAUGUUAAUGAUGGGAUAUAUAAGGGGUUAACUUUAUGCAUUGUUUUUGCAUUAAGCUUCACCAAAGAGAAGGUACAAGUGAAUGUGCAACAGGGUGAGCUAGUAGACAUAUGGCUACAUGCUAAAGCUUCAAUCCGUCGAAAAGAUAGAUGGACCAUAUGUGUGGUUGAUAUGCUAAUUGAGGGCAUUGAAUUUACUACUGAGCGGGAUAUAGUCUACAUUCACCACUUCAAAGGGUUUGACUGGUUUGGUUUUCCGUUAGAAGGAAAAGAUGCUAUUGAGAGAAUACGGGUAAUGGAUCCGGGGAUAAGCUGCAAACACUACGAGUAUAGGUAUUUGAUCAGAGGUGAAAUGAAAUUCUGGAAGCUAUUAUUGGGAAGCUCGGAAUCUGAGCAGCCAAUCCCUCCUGACCAAGAAUCUAGUGCCAAGAUGGUAGCAGAUUUCUUCUGUUGGUCAUGUGAUGAUGCUGGAAGAUCUUGCUUUAUCCUGGAAGAAAGGGAGUGAAGUAGAUCACUUCAGCUCUUCAAAUGCAUUGGAGGUUGAAGGAUCAAACCCUGUCCCAGAACAAGCUGAGGUGAGCAGUAAUGAAAUGAUAGAUUCCCAGUAUGGUCUGGAGUUGCAGUUGGGCCUACCUGGUCAAGGUCAAGCAGCUGGGGUAGCUGAAGGUCCCAACCUUAGUCAAGCAUGGGGCCUGCCUUAGGGAAUGUUGAGGGCUAGUAAGAAAGCACAUCUUGAAGUGGAUGAGCCUGUUGGCCCAUCUGGAGCUUAAGCACUGUUAGAGGUGUGAAAACCAAUCAGGUUUGUAGACUCCACUUGCAUUCUGAAUUUUAAUCUAACCUUUUUUUACUUAUCCCCAAAAAUUUUGGAAAAAAAAAAGAAAAAAGAAAAAAAAAAAAAACAGUGUAUAUUUGUUCAUACCCUCAGUUUGAUUAAUCUGCAGCAAAUGCAGUUUUAUGUGGACCAGUCACCAGACCAUCCAAAUGGUGGGGGAAGUGGGGAAACGUAUCAUUUCUGGUCUAAAAUGUUAAAACUACAUGGACCUGAUUUGAUACUUGGGGCAUUUUUUUCUUAGUUAAUGCACAUUGGAUCCCUACAAGAACAUGGAGUAUUAGGGAUGGUUAUUGCCUUGCUAAUCUUGGGGCAACUUCUCAAUUUUCUUGCCUUUGGAAUUAUGUUCCUCCUCCUUGCAUUUUGUUAUUCUUGUACUCCAGAUCUUUUGGGGACUCCUUAUCCCAUUGUAAUUAGAUAAGUUCUUUUUUCUAAAAAAAAAAAAAGGAGUAGUCGAGAUGGUUAUAAGGCACUUUUAAAGGUGGAAGUUCCAUAUUGCUAAAGCUGUGGCUUGUGGUUGGGGCUGGUAAUAUGCCUGUCUAGUAGGGCUUUCAACAGACCAGAUCUUUUCCAAAACCGUGUCCAUGUCCUCCUGGUUUAAAAAAUGACAGAUGGGCUAUAUUCCGAUCCAAUCAAUACGUUCUGCUCUGAUUAAGUUGGGAUCCACUGGUAUGAUCCAAACUUGAGAUUUCAUAUGGCCAUAUGCAUUCUUAUGCUGUGUUUCCUAACCAUCUUUUUUUAGUAAUCGAUAUAGGGAAAUAUGGAACUUCGACUAACAUAUGCCCCUCAUGAAGGAAGGCUUCUUUUAAUCUGACUACUAAUUAUGAUCCACAGUAUUUUGUUGCAUUUGCCAGAUUAGAAGACUUCUGGACCAGAAUUCCUGUUAAAGUUGUAUCUAGCUGGUGCACUUGAUCGAUAUUCUUCUUGGUGCACUAUGCAUUUAUGUCCCUGUCCAAGACCCCAAGGAUGCGAAACAAUGACCCUAAGAGAAUUCCGGGACUGGUGGCAAUAUUGAUUAUGCAAUGGAUCUGCACUUUCCAUAUAGUGAGAUCAAGUGUGGCUUCAGCUUAGGAGUACAAUAUUCAUCUCUUGGCCAGCAACAACAGCAGCUUGCUCCAUCAGUAGGGGCAGUGCAGGAAUGUAUUUGACAACCUUUGUCAAUCUAUAUAUUUUUUGUUUCUUUUUGGAAACCUUGUACAAGGAUGUUAAGCUAUAAAUCAUAUUGAUUUUAUUAUUUGAAAAUGUAAACAUUUGGUUGUAUAGUUUAUUUUGGAUUGAAUGAAAAACUCGUAGUGUAUGCUUGAA